AUGUCCACGGCUGAAAGUUCAGAUACCCAAUGGGACCAUGACCCCAGGGUCUACCGCCGUACAUCCCAGUGUGACAGACUGUGUGUGGACAUUGGCAGCCAUGUGGCCGAGACCCCCUCCCCAGAUGUCUCCCACCAAUACACCCCCAAAUUCUUGUCUGCACACAAAGGAGGCACCACUCCUUGUCACUAUGGGGAAGAGGUUUGGCAGGAUGGCUCGAGCUUGAGGACCACCAUCCGAGCAGAGAAUGAAGUAGAGGCAAACAAACUGGCCAACAACUACAGGUUUGGCUUCAGAAAGUGGAAGAGUCACGUGACUGAGAGGCCCAUCGAGGACAGGUCGGACAUUGUGAGGGAGCUCUACUCAGAGCUGAACUUUGUCAGACCCCUUUCAGGUUCAUUGAUCACUUGUGGAAACAUAGCAUACUUGAUUUUAUUUGGAUGGUGGAUCUCUUUAGCCUACCUCUUGGUCUGUGUCCUAAUGUUUCUGACCAUCAUUGGAGUUCCUUAUGGGAAGCUGUGUUGGAAGUUAUCAUGCUACUUUCUGUGGCCAUUUGGGAAGUCCAUACUAAAGCCCAGAAGCCUGGUCAGGCGAUGCUGUGUGAAGUUCCCUCACUGCGAGGCCAUCCCAGAGGAAUCUGACUCAAAGGAGGUGAAGGAGUCUUCACCCCUGCUCAUGCCCCCUUCUGUCCCCAUCGAGGUCCCCCCACAACGGACGCGUUACUGGUGUCGUGUCAGUACCUAUGUGUGGUUGUUGCUAGGCUACCCUCUCCUGGGGCUGAUCCACGGCCUGGCCUGCUUCCUCUCCUGGAUCCUGGUCUUCACCAUCCCUGUGGCCAAGAUGAACGCCCGCACCCUGGCCAUCAUCCUCCUCAUGCCCCCCGAGGACGUCCACAUCCACCGGCUGAAAAAGCCGCAAGGGUGUGAGAGCCAAGUGCUUCUCUGUUGCUACCACGCUUUCAACUGGUACUACUACAAAUACACCUUGGACGGAAUCAAUGUGUUCGCUGUCAACCUGCUGCCCCUGGUCAUCACAACCCUGGUGGUCGGCUACGUGGACACAGAGAACCAGUUUGUCAGCUCGGAGGCCAAGUUCACCGCUGCCGUCAGCUCCAUCAUCCCACUGUCCUAUUACAUUGGCAUGGGCAUCGCCAGUAUCUCAGCCCAGAGUAACUUUGCGGUGGGAGCAGUAGUGAACGCCACGUUUGGCUCCAUCACAGAGAUGACCUUCUACAUCACUGCCCUGCUGAGGGGUCACAAGGCCGGCACCAAGUGCUAUGAGGAGAUCGUCAAGGCCGCUCUCACUGGAACCCUGCUGGGCUGUAUUCUCUUUAUCCCAGGUAUCAGCAUGAUCAUCGGGGGCUUUAAACACAGGGAGCAGAGGUUCAACAGCCGCUCUGCAGGGGUCAGCUCAGCCCUGCUCUUCAUAUCAGUAGGAGGUGUAUUUGCCCCAACCCUGUUCUCCAAGGCCUACGGUAGCCUGGUGUGUGCGGGCUGCUCCAGCUCUCCAGCCAACACCAGCAGGCCCUUUACCUGUAUGGACUGCCACUAUGACAUGAGUGGAAGUAACGAACCCCUAUAUCUCAGACACAUUGAGCCUCUGGUAUACACCAUCUCCGUGUUGCUGCCCUCCGCCUACCUGAUUGGCCUCAUCUUCACCCUGAAGACCCACUCCCACAUCUACGACAUCCAAGUCAGUGACGGGCACGACCACCACCAGGGUGGUCACGGCAUGGUCGUCCACUGGUCCAGGUUGAGGGCUCUGUCUGUGCUGAUCAUGGCCACGCUGCUAAUGGCUGCCUGUGCCGACCUCACCACGGAGCACAUCAAACCCAUCCUCGACCACUCCGCCAUCUCCCAGUAUUUCAUCGGCGUGACCGUGUUGGCGAUGGUGCCAGAAAUUCCUGAGAUCUUCAACGGAAUCCAGUUUGCCCUGCAGAAUAACAUCAGUCUCAGCUUGGAGGUGGGAAACUGCAUAGCAGUGCAAGUCUGCAUGAUUCAGAUUCCCUUACUCAUCUUGUUCAACACUUUUUAUGAUGUGGGAUUCAUGCUCCUGUUCAGUGACUUGCAUCUUUGGGCCAGCAUCUUUAGUGUGAUUGUGGUCAACUACAUUUUCAUGGAUGGCAAGUCUGACUACUUUCAGGGGACUGCUUUGGUGGUGGUUUACCUCAUUCUACUGGCGUUGUACUUUUUCGCCCCAUCACCCCGUGCCUGUUGA